AUGGGCGCACAGCAGUUUGUGGUGUAUGAUCCGAACGCUGCGCCUGGAAAGGGGCAUCCCGAAGUGCCCAAGAGCGCGCAUGUGGAUGUGCUGGUGAACUGCGCUCCCGUGCUGCCGCCCUAUGGGGAUUAUCUCAACUUCAUGAGCUUGCUAAACCCGGAUGGCACACUUGUCCUGACCGGGAUUCCACCAGAUGCUGUCGGGCAGGUGGGCCUGCUGGAUCUGAUUUUCGGGCAGAAAAAACUUGCAGGAUCGGUGGUGGGCGGGCGGAUGCUGUUGAAAGAAAUGUUUGACUUCUGCGCUGCUAACAGCAUCAAGCCCGUGACUGUGAUGCGCCCGCUGUUGCAGCUGAACGAGGCUAUGGAUGAGGUGGAAGCUAUUCCUCGCUCACAAACUCACCAUCCCUCCCAUCAUUGCCUCUCACCUACCUUUCAUCUCUCUCCCUCUCCCCUCCCUCUUACCACUUGUUACAGACGCGUCCACUGUCGCAGCUGA